UGACUGGUCCAUCUGGGCUCACCUGUGAGGGUUAAGGUAAAUAUGAGAGAGGUAUUAGAAGGUGUAUACUGAGAAAGGUGGUUUUUGCAUUCCUCAGGAGGGGGCGGAGCUGUCGACAGUGUGUGCUGGGGGGUGGCAUGCUGCUGUGCGUGGGGCUCCUGCUGAUGAGCUAUGUCAGCUCAGACCCCUGGAGUGCCACUGUGCAGGGCAGGGCCUGGUGGUGCUGGAGGGUGGGUGAAGGCAUGGCCUCUGCUUCCUCUUUCAGCUACUGGAGCAACACUGCCUGUACUACACCCAACACCACCCGCACUGCACCCAACACCACCCGUGCUACACCCAACGCCACCCACACAGCACCCAACACCACCCGCACUACACCAAACACCACCUGCACUGCACCCAACACCACCCAUGCUACACCCAACACCACCCGCACUACACCCAACAUCACCCGUGCUACACCCAACACCACCCGCACUGCACUCAACACCACUCGCACUACACCCAACACGAUUACACCCUUGAUGGGUGCAGUCCCCCACCUCACCCAGCCCACACCCUGGAAGCCGCCAGGCCCGUUUGAGGUUGUAUACCCUCACCUGUAUCACUUUAUCCUGGACCAGCCAGAUAAGUGCCAGGGCCUGGACCCCUUCCUGGUGCUGAUGGUGCCGGUGGCACCCUGGAACAGAGAAGCACGGGAUGCAGUCCGCGCUACCUGGGGGAACCAGAGCCUGGUGUCGGGUGUGACCAUCCGCCGGCUCUUCAUUCUGGGGCUAGCGGACAGGACGGGGCUCCAAGAGGAGCUUUUCCGAGAGAGCUCUGAGCACCACGACCUGCUGCAGGGUGACUUCCUGGACAGCUACCGCAACCUGACCAUCAAGACCAUGCUGAUGAUGGAGUGGCUGGUGGCCCACUGCCCAAAUGCAGCCUAUGCCGCCAAGGUAGACACAGACAUGUUCCUCAAUGUGAAGCUCCUUAUCCGCCUUCUGGACCCACAUGCCUCCCGGCCCAAACAUAACUACAUCACCGGCGCCAUUAUCACCGGUGGUGUGGUCCGCCGCGACAAGGGCUCCAGAUGGUACAUGCCCCCAGAAGUGUACCCCAACCCCACAUACCCACUGUACAUCUCGGGGAAUGCCUACGCCUUUUCCAUGGACCUUCCUGGAAAAAUUCUGGAAGCUUCCAGAGUGGUGAAACCCAUCUACCUGGAGGACGUAUACCUGGGCAUGUGCCUGGAGCACCUGGGACUGGAACCCACACCCCUGCCGGACCCGGGGCUGUUCCACCUGUGGCCCCUCCCCUACAGCCGCUGCCAUUACACCAACAUCGUCUCAGUUACUGGGAUGAAGCCUCACCAGCUGCUUCUGUACUGGGCCGACUUCCACAAAGCAGGGCCACCCUGCCCCCACAACCCACAGACACCCCCAUAACCCAAACCCAAACACCCCCAACCCUAAAACACACCCCCAAACCCAAACACACCCACACAUAUCUAACCCACCCCCAAACCCAAACACAUCUCCCAACCAAAACACACCCCCAAACCCUAAGCCCCACAACCCACAGACACCCCCAUAACCCACCCCAAAACCCUAAUCCCCACAACCCACAGACACCCCCAUAACCC